GCUUCACUUCAGGUCUGUCGCAGCUCUUCGGCACAUGUGCACUCUCGGUGUAUGAACUUGUCCUUGGCCGUGAGGGUAUAGCGCAGACCCUCAGUCAUUCAUGGAGGGUCCGCGCUAUACCAGGCACUUGAUAUUGUAAAAGUGAAGAUCAAUAGGAUUUAUGGAGUCCUUGCCAUGUGCCAGGCACAGUGUUCAAUGCUGUACCUACAUUUCCCCUUAUAACUCAGUAUCUUAUUAUCCCCAUUCUACAUGUGGGGAAACCGAGGCACGGAGGCUGAGAGACUUGCCCCAGGAAGUUGAUAAUUAGAAGGCAGGACCGCCUGAACCACGAAGCCUAGCUCUUAGCUCUCUCCUUCUGAUGACACAUGCAUGGCUCUCAGCUACCCUGACCCUCUGCCAGCAACUUAAAUCCAGGCCCAGCUUCCAGGAGGUCAGUCACCCCGUAUUCACGUGUGCAGGGUGGAGCUGCACCGACUGGCUGGUGGACAGAAGGCACUGCAACCUGAAGUGGCAGAGUCUGGUGCUGACCAUCCGAGAGAAGAUCAAUGCCGCCAUCCAGGACAUGCCAGAAAGCGAGGAGAUUGCCCAGCUGCUCUCUGGGUCCUACAUUCACUACUUCCACUGCCUAAGAAUCGUGGACCUUCUCAAAGGCACUGAAGCUUCCACAAAAAACAUUUUUGGCCGGUACUCUUCUCAGCGAAUGAAGGAUUGGCAGGAGAUCGUGGCCCUGUAUGAGAAAGACAACAGCUACCUAGUGGAACUCUCUAGCCUCCUCGUUCGGAACGUCACCUAUGAGAUCCCCUCACUGAAGAAGCAGAUCGCCAAGUGCCAGCAGCUGCAGCAAGAAUAUAGCCGCAAGGAGGAGGAGGGCCAGGGCGGGGCUGCCGAGAUGCGGGAGCAGUUCUACCACUCGUGCAAGCAGUACGGCAUCACGGGAGACAAUGUCCGGAGAGAACUGCUGGCCCUGGUGAAGGAACUACCGAGUCAACUGGCCGAGAUCGGGGCGCGGGCUCGGUCCCUGGGGGAAGCCAUCGACCUGUACCAGGCCUGCGUGGGGUUCGUGUGUGAGAGCCCCGAGGAGCAGGUGCUGCCAAUGCUGCGAUUUGUGCAGAAGCGGGGCAACUCCACGGUGUACGAGUGGAGGACGGGGACAGAGCCCACCGUGGUGGAGCGGCCGCACCUCGAGGAGCCGCCCGAGCAGGGGGAAGAAGACGCGAUUGACUGGGGCGACUUUGGGGUGGAGGUGGCCUCCGAAGGGACUGACCCUGCCCAGCCUGCAGGCAUUGACUGGGGCAUCUCCCUGGAAUCGGAUUCAAAGGAAGCUGGGGGUGAUGGGAUAGACUGGGGAGACGAUGCUGCCGCUUUGCAGAUUACAGUGGUGGAGGCUGGAACUGAGGCUCCGGAAGGUGUUGCUAGGGGCUCGGAUGCCCUGACACUCCUUGAAUACCCUGAGACCCGGAACCAGUUCAUCGACGAGCUCAUGGAGCUCGAGAUCUUCCUGUCCCAGAGAGCCGUGGAGAUGAGCGAGGAGGCCGACAUCCUGUCUGUGAGCCAGUUCCAGCUGGCUCCAGCCAUCCUGCAGGGCCAGACCAAAGCGAAGAUGGAAACCCUGGUGUCAGCGCUGCAGGACCUGAUUGGCCGGCUCACCAAUCUCCGAAUGCAGCACCUGUUCAUGAUCCUGGCCUCACCAAGGUAUGUGGACAGAGUGACCGAGUUCCUCCAGCAAAAGCUGAAGCAGUCCCAGCUGCUGGCUUUGAAGAAAGAACUGAUGGUGCAGAAGCAGCAGGAGGCACUGCAGGAGCAGGCCGCUCUGGAGCCCAAGCUGGACCUGCUGCUGGAGAAGACCAAGGAGCUGCAGAAGCUGAUUGAAGCUGACAUUUCCAAGAGGUACAAUGGGCGCCCUGUGAACCUGAUGGGAACCUCUCUGUGACCCGCCCACGCCCUGCUCGUCUCCUCAGCCUCAGGAUGGAGGUGGGACGCCAGGGCUGGUGUUGCGGGGCCUUCCCAGCGAGAGACCAGGCUCUGGAGGAUGGAGGCCACGUGCGGGAGCGUCACCCAGAUGGUGACCUUUGCACUCACUGUAUCUCUGCAAGAAGCUGUCUUAUGGGCCCGGUAGCCUGUCAGCCUGAAACCCCAGCGUCUCCUUGUUAAUCCGGUCGGACUUAAUAAAAGAGGAAGAGACUGGCUUUA